AAGUUUGUUAUUAUGGCGGGUACCUUCGAAUUUCUUGGUGUUUCGUUAUUGGAGAUUUUGUGAUAUUUUCACCGCAAAGAAUGCACUGAACUGUACCAGGAAAGCAUAUUUCCCUAACGAUGAACUUCUCAGAGCUUUUUAAGCAGACAAAUCAGCUGAGUAGGUUCUCUCCAAAUGGAAAAUACUUGGGUAAUUGUGUUCAAUAUCGUUUGUUAGUGAGGGAUGUGAAGACCCUUCAGAUUCUUCAACUGUACACCUGUUUAGAUGUUAUACAAUACAUAGAGUGGUCUUCAGAUUCCUUAUACAUUUUAUGUGGAAUGUUCAAAAGGGGACUUGUACAAGUAAGUUCAUGCAUAAUGUUACUGUCUGUGAGUGGUUCAAUUCGCGGCGAGAAUCACUUUGAAGUGGAAACUAAGGACCUGGCUGAUUUGGCAUGGUCACCUGAUGGAAGGGUUCUUUGUGUGUGGGACUCUCUGUUAAGAUAUCAGUUGUUGCUGUAUUCAAUGGAUGGUCGUUGCCUGUCGAAAUACAGUGCUUAUGAGUUUGCUCUUGGAAUCAAAUCUGUUUGUUGGUCUCCGUCCAGUCAGUUUUUAGCUGUAGGCAGCUUCGAUGAGAAGUGCCGAGUGCUAAACCAUGUUACUUGGAAGUUAGUCGCAGAACACAAUCAUACACACACCGUUGAUUCACCUUCUGUGAUUGUAUACAAAGAGGUGGAAGUAAAGCCACCUCUGCUCAGAGGAGAGAGUAUGCCUCCUGGAGGAUUUACAGUACAGAGUAAAUAUGAGGUGCAACCAGUCCCAGUUCAGGUUCCUUAUGUUAAACCGGACCCAGAAAAAGCGAACCCCAAAAUUGGAGUUGGCCAAGUUGCCUUCAGUCGAGACAACAGAUAUCUGGCGACUAAAAAUGACAGUAUGCCGAACGCUGUGUGGUUGUGGGAAGUUUCCAAGUUAUGUCUGACAGCAAUGCUACUACAGUCCAGUCCUGUCAGAGCUUUCCAAUGGGACCCUAAACAGCCACGCCUUGCAAUUUGUACGGCGAAUAGCAAGCUUUACAUGUGGUCCCCUGCAGGCUGUGUGUCAGUGGUUGUACCCACAGAAGUAACGUUCCAAAUCACGUCUCUGCAGUUCCACCCUGAUGGCAACAUUCUCAUGCUACUGGGAAAAGACCAUAUGUGUCUUUGUUUCCUGACAGACCCACGGACAUAACGUUUAGUUUUACGGCGAUUCCUCGUGGUACGGUAUAAGCAAACGUUCUGCAAAAUGAAUUCGUUCUGCAAAAUGAAUCACACAAUGAGAAUCUUCAGGUACCCGGCCAUCAUUUAUCCCUGUAAUCAUAGUUAGUAAUGUGCUAAAGUGUGUGACACUUCACUUUACAAACAAUUGUAGUGGCCUGCCCGAGACAUUUAAACUGACGAUCAGUGCGGUUUCUUCCCAACGAGCCUGAACAGCAAAUUUAACCACGUAACCACAAGGGUGGCAAGUCGUGUUGUUAAAUAUAUAUAUAUAUUUUUAGUAGACAAUGCCUGUUGAUGUAAGUUGAACUUGUGUGCAUGGAGCAUUGUAGGGGUAAUUUGAAUGUAUAGAAAGCAAAUGGUAUGUCCGCUGUGCUCGAUAAAAUAUACAUGUACGUAAAAAUGGUAUUGACAGUUGUGUUAAAAUAUGCAUUUGUCAAGAACCGUCAAUUGAUUUUGGGGAACAGGAUUUCCAAUUCGUGAACUCAUAUGUGAACUUGUAAUGGAAUGUUUCUUACGGCGCUAUAUUUUGUUUUGUCUUUUAAUUGUUUUUGUUUGUUUGUUUUUUUACGGUCUUUUGUUCUACCUAGCUCAACUAGGAUUGAGAAUGAGUAUUGAAAUGUUUCGCUUCUGUUUUAAUCUGAAGAAAAACAUUUUUAUCAAUGAGAGGGUAAUCAUUUGAAUAUAUAUAUGUAACAUUGUUCAGAGGCGACUAAGUGAGUUACGAUGCUUCUGCUAGAUCUUCCUCUCACCGUAAGGUAGGAGGAAAUUGACUGUAAGGAUAAUAUUCUUGCGAUAUAUAUAUGUUUCCGUCUAAAUAGUGGUGGUACAAUGACAAUUCGUUUCACGCUCUUCUCACUGUAGCCACACGAACUCAAUAAACGAGUUAUGAGAUUAAAGGAGAUGAAAGCAGCGUAACCAACAAACUUUG